UUUUAAGAAACAAGUAAAUAAUUACGACACGACUGCAAAGAAUUUGGGCGAUUGAAGUUGAGAUCGGUGAAAUCGGAGGGGGGCAGAAAUGGGUUAUGUGCUGCGGGUUAGACUGGCUUCAUUCUUCACCGGCGCGGCGCUGGCAUCCGCCGCCGGUCUCUAUUAUCUCCAGAAGGAUUACGCAAUUGCUCACCACGCCAUCUCUCAACAGAUAGAUAACACUUACAAGUCACUGGACGAACGUGUGUCGGCAUUGGAGCAGUUGAAAACAGAUGAGGCUCCGAAGGCUGUGGAAGCUGCUGACUCUGCCUAAUUGAAUGAGGUUUUUUUGUAGUAGCAAUAUAUUGUAUCAGUUCCAUAUCCAGAUCAUGCGGAUUUCCAAAUAAAUGUUAUGCAAUUUCACCUAUUAUUCUGCUUUUUUUUUCAUUUUACUUGAUUCAGGCUCUGCCUCAUAAAUGUUGGAAUUUGGAAAUGUUUUAUUUCAGCCUCUGGAAUAAAUUUGUAACACUAACCAUAUUACUGUUUCCUGCAUAAUGCAUUUGAGAAAGGUUGGAAUACUGUAUAUAAUCAACAAAAUAUAAGGAAAGACAUAAUCUUGGGCCUUCAUCAUGGCCUGGCCUGGCCUAAUCAUAUUUGUGAUAUUCACAAGAUAUUCAUGUAAAUAAAAAGAAAUAAUAUAAGGUUGUUAGUUGGUGAUGCGGCACAUGUAUGGCCACCAUUCUUCCGAUAACACACCACCACCACACGCCCAUACCAUUCAUUUUUUUCUUCAACUCAAUUAAACCCCACAUUUCUUUAUUAAUUUGUGAAAUCUUACGAUAAGCCAAAACCGGAAUUAAAGAUGGUGUUAAGCUUGCCGGCAACCAAGUCGUUAUUCCCGUCGCCAUGUUGGCCGGAGAGACGGCGGAAAUUCCAUUUGCGUAGCAGCGCAGUGCGGUGUGGAAUAGCAGAGGCUUCGGGACAGCCGGCACCGAUGGGGCAGAAGACCAAGUACAAGGACGGGCUGUUCGAGAGAGUGUUCAUGAGCCUCUUCUCGCGGAAGAUGGACAAGUUAGGGCGCGGAGGAAAAGCGGGGAUGGAGGAGAAGGGGCUGUUCGACUGUGAUUACGAGUCGUUUGUGGAAGUGUCGAGAGGAGUGAUGGAGGGAAGGAGUCGUCUGCAGCAGCAGCAAGUUGUUAGAGAGGUGCUCCUCUCCAUGCUCCCUCCCGGCGCCCCUGCUCAAUUUAGAAAAUUGUUUCCACCAACAAAAUGGGCAGCAGAGUUCAAUGCGGCAUUAACGGUGCCUUUCUUCCACUGGCUGGUUGGCCCUUCUGAGGUUGUGGAGGUAGAGGUAAACGGAGUGAAGCAAAAGAGCGGAGUCCACAUCAAGAAAUGCAGGUACUUGGAGAAUAGUGGUUGCGUAGGAAUGUGCGUUAACAUGUGUAAAAUACCAACACAAGAAUUUUUCACCAACGAGUUUGGCCUUCCAUUGACGAUGAAUCCAAAUUUUGAAGACAUGAGUUGUGAGAUGAUAUAUGGACAAGUUCCACCCCCCUUUGAGGACGAUCCGGUUUCAAAACAAUCUUGUCUACCAAAUUUUUGCUCCAUUGCAAGCCCAAAUUCAAGUCUCUGUCCCAAACUAAAAGCAUGAUAUAUUUUGGUGGUUGCAACUAUCUAUCAUAUUCUCUGUCCAGAUUAGACCAUUUUGUCAUCACAUAUUGUAUAAAUUCCAUCUCGUAUAUAUACACACUAUAUUUUGUAGUAGUAGCAUAUGGCUCUUGACAUAGUACUACGAGAUAAGUUGGUAUUAUUGUACUUUCACAGAUCCCUUUUUGACACUUGGGGAUUAGUAAAUAUGUAAGCAAUAUAUAAGUGUGUAAUAUAUAAGUGUGUGUGUAA